CGUCAGCGUGCCCGUGGGUCCUGGUCGCGCGGUAUAAAAGCCGAAAACCACCCGUCUGUGGUAUCAUUCGCAUCACAGACAGACAGAUCAAGAGAUCUUCCAAUCAAGCGAGCUACAAUGGCCUUCAAGUUCAUCGUCUUCGCUGUCUUCGUUGCCGCCGCUAACGCUGGAAUCCUGCGAGAGCCUCUGACCUACGCACCAGCGGCGCCACUGGCUUACUCCGCACCUCUGGCCUAUGCGGCUGCGCCUGUAGCUAAGGCGGUGGUGGCCGCCCCUGUGGCUAAGGCCGUUGUUGCCAAGACCGUCGACGCCGACUUCGACCCCCACCCCCAAUACAGCUACGCCUAUGACGUGCACGACAGCCUGACCGGUGACGCCAAGAGCCAACAGGAAACCCGCGACGGAGACGUUGUCCAGGGUAGCUACUCCUUGAUCGAAGCUGACGGAACCAGACGCACCGUCGACUACGUUGCUGACCCAGUCAACGGUUUCAACGCUGUAGUCCGCAAAGAAGCUGCCGCUGCCCCCAUCGUCGCUGCUGCCCCAGUAGCUAAAAUUGCUGCCGCUCCAGUUGCCAAAAUCGCCGCUGCUCCAGUCGCCUACGCCGCUCCCGUUGCCAAAAUCGCCGCUGCUCCAGUCGCCUACGCCGCUCCAGUCGCCAAAUUCGCCGCCGCUCCAGUCGCAUACGCCGCCCCCGCUCCAGUCGCCUACGCCGCUCCCGUUGCCAAAUACGCCGCUGCUCCUCUCGCAUACGCCGCCCCCGCUCAUGCUUUCCUCCACUGAAUCCGAUCUAUUGUUUAGGAAUUAUGUUUGUCGAAUAAAUACGGUUUUUUUUUAGCAAGUA